UCCAUCGCUGACAUCAAAAACUCCGCACUGCAGUACGACGACCUCCAUGACGAGUCGAUCUCUCAUAGCGGCUCGAAGCACGUCGACGCGGACAAACUGAGAGACAUCGCUGACCGGCUGGCGGCGCGCAACGGGGACGGGAGUGCCAGUGGCAGCAGCGGCGGCGAGGGAGGUGGAGCGGAAAGUGGUGAAGGCCAGGCGGUGGGGUCGACGAUCACGAAAAACCAGUGGGUGCACACGCUGGGCCGCAAGGGUUCCGAUUUCGACUUGCUGGCCAAGCAAGGCAAUGGUGGCGGAGGAAGUGCUGACCACAUCCUCGAUCAGAACGACAUCUCGUCGAUCGCAAACGAUCAGGAUGGACAUGACAUCAUCUCGGAUGGGAAAAACUUUCACACCGUCAGUAGCGAGUUUCUUGAUUUCCAGAGCGGAGGCCUGGGCGCAGGGGAUAAGGCGAUGCUGGAGGGAAUGUUUGGAAAAGGAACCGGGGGCAACACACUGACCGUUGACGGCAUCUUGAGUUUUUGUGGCGAUGGAAUGGGGCAGCUCACGCAGGACACCCUCCGCGGUUGCGCGAAUACGAACGGAUUUCGGUUGGCCGACGAUGGAGCCGGGCUGUUUGAUUUGUUGCAAAAGGCCUUGGAUACGACGCCGGGAGAUGACAGCAUUCAGCGGGGGAGUACGGAAGCCUACAGCCUGGAGGCCCUCCAGCAGUUUUCCGAUCAGCUGUCUACGAACGACGCGGAGACGGGCCCCGGCGACAUCCUGACCGAUGUUACGACGGAAAGCGCCACCGGUGCAGAGAGGGUGGUCGACCCCGACAAAAUGGAGGACAUCGCAAACACAUUGGGGGACGGCGAGUCCCCAAUCACCCAGAAUGAGUGGGUUCUCGCGGGACACGGGUCUCCUGCGGACUUUAAGAAGCUAGCGGAAGGGGGCAGCGACCCGAAUCUCAUUGAGGGUAGAGCGGAGCUCACCGGUCACGAGAUUUUCACUGUCAACGGCGAGGACCACACGUUGCAAAAAGAGGAAGUCUCGUACGAUCUGGAUGGCGAAGACGGCUCAAGCACCCCCGACGAGCAGGCCCUCGAAAAACUGAUGACGACGGAGGACGGGCGCCCGAAGAAGCACUUGACGCUGACCGAGCUGCUCGCCAUGUGUGAGGGCCAGCUGGACUCUGGUGCGCUGACCGCAGACGGUUUCAAAGACUGUGCUGCGGAUCCCGAUAACGGCGGGGGUACGCAGCUGACGGAUGAUCGGCUUUGGCACGUGAUCGCGGGCCAGUUUGAUACCGACGGAGACGGUCGAGUCACAUCAGCGGACGGAAGAGCGGAGGGUAGCACUACGACGGUUUCCAUCGCUGACAUCAAAAACUCCGCACUGCAGUACGACGACCUCCAUGAUGAGUCGAUCUCUCGUAGCGGCUCGAAGCACGUCGACGCCGACAAACUGAGAGACAUCGCUGACCGGCUGGCGCCCGGCGGGGAGAGUGGCAGCGGCAGUAGCGGCGGCGAGGGAGGUGGAGCAGAAAGUGGUGAAGGCGAGGCAGUGGGUGGAUCGACGAUCACGAAAAGCCAGUGGGUGCACACGCUGGGCCGCAAGGGGUCGGAUUUCGACUUGCUUGCCCAGCAGGGUCAACAUGGUAGUGGGGAUGAUGACCGCGUGAUCGAUCCCGGUGACUACGCGACUUCGGCGGCGGCAGCAGACGGGGGCGACACGACCACGCCUGUUGACAACGUAGUCCGAAAUAACGGCAACUUGCAGGAGAUCGAUAGCCAGGUCGCAAAUGCGAAGUUUCCAGGGUCCGACGGCGACGAGGAUCUUGGAAGUGGGGGAAAGCUGCUGUUGCAGCAGAUGUUUCUCGAUGAUGGCGAGGCGGGAGCGGGCAGCAAGAAGUUGACCGUGGCUGGCAUCUAUCACACCGAAAGUUACCACUUUGGCAUGUGUCAACAUCUAGUGCAACAUCAAACAAGACGAUCUAUCGUGUGUUUUUUGUUCGACCGAUAUAAGAGAGAGAGUUCUUCUCAUUUUUAACAAAUUAUUACAUACUGGAUGGUGCAGAUCGACGAAGCUGUAACUUUGUUCUCUGUGAUAUCGUCGUUAGUGUAUGCGAGUUGACAGCGGGCGACCCGAUCACUGCGGCUGUGCUGAGUGACUGUGCAGAGAGCAAAGGCAUCAACUUGUCUGACGCGGACCGCGAUAAGCUAUUCCAGCUGCUCAGUCACGCUCUGGAUUCGACUCCCAAGGAAGACGGAGGGAGCACGAGCAUCGAAUCUGCAGCGGACGAAAACACUGCGGCCUACGACCUGACAAGCUUGCAGCACUUUGCUAGCAGCGAACACGACAACAGCAUCAACGUCCUGGAUGCUGUCGUCAAGAACGAUGGAUCCGGGCGAGAAAAUGUUGUUGACCCUGGGCAAGUUAGCAAGCUCGCGGGCUCAGUUGGGGACGGAAAAUUCCCAAUCACCGAAAAUGAAUGGCGCUUCGCAGGGGGUGGCAGCCACGAGGAUUUUGUCACGCUGAGCGGCGGCGAGGACGGCGAAAUUACGGAGUCGGACGUUCCGGUCGCGGGCACGGCAGGUGCCGGCUCGGAAAUAGUUUCCAGUGGCGGCAAAUUGCGCGAAAUCAGCACCGGCGACGUCGACUUUGACAAGGCGGAUCUGGAUUCGGACGAUAAAUUGAUGCUGCAGCAGUUUGUGGGCGAAGACGGCAAGGUGGACUGGAGCUUAAUCACUGGCUGGUGUCGGGACCAGCUGCCGCUGACGGACGCAAGUCUCAAGAGGUGUGCGGAGAACAUUAGCUUUCACCUGUCUGAUGACUCUCAGUUGUUCAAGGUGCUCAGCGCCGCAUUUGACACCACGCCCGGCGACACGGAGAUCAACACCACGCCCGUGGACUACGACGUGAUGGCGCACGUCGACGCGGAUGGGGACAAGGUGGUGGAGCCGGGGGAAGUCGACAAGGUUGCCAAGGCACUGGGGGACGGGCACUUCCCGAUUACCAGACAGGAAUGGGUUGACGCGGGACACGGAAAUCCGGCUGAUUUCGACCUCAUUGCGCGCCAAGGUGGGGGCAAUGACGACGAAAUUACGGCAUCGGACAUUCCCGCUGACCCGGGUGCGGCAGCGGGGGCUGACGCCGGUGACGCUUCUGCCGCUUCCUCGGGUGCGAGCGUACUGGUCGUGAACCACGGCAAGCUGCAGGAGGUCGAUGGCGAAGAUGUGCUGACCGGGGAAGGUCCGCACGAGAGGUCGGAAGUGUCUCACGGGCCCAGCGCGGUGCGGGUUCUCGCCGACGCAGCCGAGAAACACAAGGAGCCCUUGCUCGCCGGCGGAGUCUAUGCAUUGCAAAUAUGUUCUUGUCCCCUGAGUCUGCGAAGAUAGAUGUAAAUUUGAGAUGCUAGUAGGAGCUCGUCUGGGUGACAAAAAAAAGUCUGUCUUGCAUAAAAAAACCGCAAAAUUGUUCUUACUUACAACGCGGACGAGAGGGUAUUUAUCAUGUAGGAUCAUAGGCAGGGAACCAAAGGUCUCGCAUGUUUCCUGUCAUGCUAAGGCGUGCACGCAAGACCUUGAUGUUGCUCACACACAAGCUGCAUGACAGACAUCUAUCUAGCUCCAGACCCAGACGCAUUUGCAUUUGAUAGAGUCCUGCUGGGCGGCGUUGUGGGAGGCCGUGCUGUCGCAAAGAAGGUCCAACGCCAGCGACAGGAGCACGAGGAGGCGCUGCAGCGGCAGAAUAUCUAGUGCAAAAGUACUAGCGCACCCGUACGAGGAAUUGCACUUGUGCAUAAGCAGAACUUUAUACGCUUCACCUAUUCUUGAGUUUUUCUGUUUGUCCUUGAAAAAAGGUGCGAUGCAACGGCAAUUCGUACUAGUAAGAUCAUAUUGAAAUACUUUUGCAAUGCAUAGAGAAGCGGCGCAAGCAAAGGAUAGCCGCGGCGACCACGACUGAGGACCGCCAGAAGCCAAAUUACCAUGACAGGUCGGGAGAGGAUGCAGAGCUUUUGGCGACCUCCUCCGGGGCGGAGCUGGAUAUCCAAAACCACGGGGGGCACCUAUCAUAUGUAAAAACGUCCCCGCCCCAUAGUCAAGUUGGGAAAUUAGCAAGACAAAUCCAGACGUUUUGGGAGCCACGCAUCACAAGUUGCUGUCCGUAGUGUAGUGCAUGUUAGCAAGGACAACCGCAUCACAAAUCCAUCUGCUUAUCCUGUUUCAAGCAUUACAAAUUCCAAAAAGCGAUUGGAAAUGCCUCUCAUGGAGAUGCGCAUUACAAAUCUUCCUGUGAUCGCAAAUCUGCAUGACAACUAUGGGGUGGGGACGUUUUUACUCAGGAUAGCCCCGGGGGAGCUCGUUUCUGCAGACGGGGGACUUGCCUUCCGCCGGAAAGAAACGCCGUAGCGAGGACGAGGAAGCACUGGGAGGACAGAGGGCGAACCGCACCGACGUGCUGCAAGUGAGAGAUGAAAAUGGUGGACACCCGAAGAAGUUGUCUUAUCAGAAUGUUGCCCACGACCUGACGUCCCCAUAUUCAAACGGAUAUUUAUUGCGUAGCAUUUGUGAUAACGCGAAGCUGGCGAGGGAAACAAAUAGCCCCGCUUAGAGCACGACAGGAAGCAGCAUGACGGAUUGUCCGCAAAAGAGGCCGCGUGCGCGUCUUUCCCUUCUAGCGGUUCAAGGCGACUUUGUAAAUGCGAAUCGAGCAUUUUUGUAACGCUUCUUUUGAGUAUGGGGAGGGGCGAUCUUUCCGCACAACAUGUCUCCGAGAUCAGCGGUAACUAAGGAGCGCACUGCUGAUGAUGAUGACGAUACGCGAAAAGACAGUCCCUUAUCCAUUGCGAGUCUGUCUGGGUCGGGCAGUUUGUGUUGCUGAUACUUGCCUUGCAGAAUGGCUGCAUGCACGGCAUUGCAGCAUCGGAAGUUUUGCGAGGCUCCUGGCAAAUUCAUUUGUACUCCCUGAAAAAAACGCAUGACAACAAAGUCCGUUCGAGCACUAGGAAGAAACUGGUCACUCCUAUCCAAGCAUCACAGAUCUUGGCGUCCUGCAAAUUUCGCAUUGCAGAUCCAGACCCAGACAUAUUUGCAAUGCAUGUCGUCGGGGCCGGUACAAUUUGCGUGGAACGGCGAAGCAAGCCGGAAAGUGGAGUAGUAGCGUGUCGUCGACUACUAGAAUAGAAGACGUCGACGAGGACCAGGUGGGGCUCAGCAACAAGGGCGACGAUGUCAUCCCUUCGGACACGAUUCACCGCAAGAAGCGUCUGCGCGGAACCGCGACCGGUGCGAAGAUGGAGUGGAUGAAAGAGGAGGUGCCAAACGAAAGAAGCGCUCCGGGGGCAGCUUUGAAGAGAACGGUCGAUGGCUUCGUCAAUGCAGGCAAAGAGGUAGCUGCGCGCUUGCGCCACUCAAUUUCAAAUAUAAUCAGAAGCUCACUCUCGAAUUUUCCUGCAGAAAAAUUUUUUCGUGCAGGAAACUUUUCCUUCAUUGUACCAACGUCUAUUUUUCUCUCGCUUGUAUUGAUAUUUUUGUUUUUCAGUUUGAUGCUAGUCCUAAAAAAUCCUCACCGUGCUCACGGUGCAAAGCCCUCAUCUUAGGGAUAAAAGCAUGUGGCUCACGGUGCAAAGAAUAAGAAAAAAUGUUUCAAUUUUCGUUUUCAAUUGUACAUACUUAAGUGGAUGUG